CAGGAGCUGAUAGUUGAUAAUCAGGUUGAAAGUUCGUGUUCACUUUCAUUGAGUCCCAGCCAACCUAACUUCUCAGGACAAAGAGGGUAAAGGUGUAAGGAGAAAAGAGAGACACAAGGUGCUUCAGGAUGUACGCCUCAUUAUCGUCAUCUCGGCGACUUUCUUUAACCUUGAUUAGCCGAUAUUUUUCCAAGAAUGCUGGGAGCGUCUGGCAGCGCGACGAUGGCUUACAAAGACAGAAGUGGGAGAACGUGGUGGCCGAGUGGGGCGAGGCGAGCGAGCUGGAGUUCUUCGUGUUGACUCCGCAAAACUUGGAUGAAGUUAUGGACUUUCAGGCCAGAUAUUUUUACCCGAGGAACAAUCUAUGUUUAGGCUUGGGUAUGAGCUUGAAGACAAAAAUGGAUGAAGGCCACGUGAGGAGAAGCUUAGCGUCGGGGAUGUCAGUUGGGGUGAGGGAGAAGGCCACGCAGAAACAAGUCGCACAGUCAUUAGCUUCCAUGAUCACCGCUGAUUAUUCAUUUCUAUAUAAUGCGACAAAGUACAGCACUAAACUUGAGAAAUCGUAUGCUUUGAUUGUCAAUAAAGUAUGGAGGCAGUUGGACGUGUUCCAGGAUGCAGGAGUAGACCAGGUCCAAUAUUUAACGCGCGGCUGUUUCCAACCAGACUAUCCUCGCCGAGGUGUAACUUUAAAGAUGAUGCAGAUGAAUCUUGAAUUAGGUUCCGAACAGGGCUGUCGAAUAGCCUGUGGUAUCUCCAGCAGUUUAAAAGCUGAAAAAUGCUUUAUUAAAGCGGGGUUCGACGUACGCACCAACUUGGACCUGCGCACUCUGGAGGACGGCCUGGUAGACCUCUCCCGUAUGGGUCAUAAGCACAUGAAGGGUUUCACCAAGAAGCUGUCACCCGAGGCAGCCCUGAAGUCCAAGGUGUGAAGAAGCAUCGACUAGCAGUGGAAAUAUGACUCAUUCUAUUACAGUUAUUAGUGAAGCUAUCAUUGCAAUUACUUUUACAGUUGUUAUAAUACAGUACUUGUAUUACAAACGCCAUUAAUGUUACUUUUACGCAUUACAAGUAUUAUUAUACAUGCUGCUGUCUAAUAAUACAACUGUUAUUACAUACGAUAUAUAUUUGUAACUAUUACGAGGAGUUCUGUAACAUCAUUUAUUACAUCUACACUUUACUGCUAGUACAUUUGUUAUUACAGCUAUUAUUACAACUGAUUUUAUACCUAACAUCAAUGUGUUUGUUGUGUGAACUUAUAAAAAUGUAACUUUAAACUUGUAAAGUUAACAUUAUUCUGGGAAAUGUUUUUGCUUCGAAAUUUUUUAUACAUUUCAACAUUUCUCAUUUAUAUUUUUGAGAAUCAUUUAAACUUGUGAACAAAUCCUCUCGUGUGUUAUAAUAUUUCCUGGGACCACAGCUCCUUCCUCAGGCCCACCUACCUCCCUUCCUCAGGCCCACCUACCUCCCUUCCUCAGGCCCACCUACCUCCCUUCCUCAGGCCCACCUUGCAGUUGUAACACUUCAGGGUAGUCGAUGUGCAUUCUUCCUUAUGUACGUUGUUAUGGGCACAACGCACACAUACUGCGGAUUCCUGUAGUACUUGGUGUUGUGCCCAAACUGCUGGCACUUAAAAUAUCUAAGUGGAAAGGGGAUGUAGGGCCGCACUGUAACCCUCUCACACUCAUCCACUAUGUGAUGGGGUAGGAGUGUCUUGCCAAAUAUCAAGGUUACUGGCCAUGUGUUUCGUCUGUUACCGUCAACUUUCUUUGUGAAAGAUCUAGCAGGAACUACGUCUUGAUCCUUUAUAACGUCCACAAUAACAUCUUCACUCAAGUGCUGAAAUUCGAGGCUGGCUACAAUCCCUUUGUAGGCAUUAAGGACGUUUGGUACAUAGGCCUUUACUUCAUAAUUAUGAAAGAAUUGAAGAUUCAUGGCGUGUUUAACCUGACUAGAGUUCAUGAGCUCGACCUGCAGUUCACCGUUCCUCAGGCGCCGAACAUUCGUCACGUCCCCCAAUGGCGGCCUUGAUAUAUUUACUUAUAAUAAAUCCAUUAAUGCCGUCAAAGGAGCCCUGAUGCCUGAUGAGUCAGGUGUUCUCAGGUCUUGUCUGGAAGUCUUGCAUUUGUCGGUCUGUUAGUGGUCUAGAUAAUGUUGUUUCUUGCACCUCUCCACUUCGGGACGAGGUACUUCUUUGGUCAUUUCGGUCCUGGUCGCCCACUCUCCCUCUGUGAGGGAUAGAGUCUGAUCCUGGGGUGGUGAGCCACCACCCCUUAAUUAAAUAGAAAACAAUCUAGGGUAAAAACAGGAGUUGUUGUUAAUUAACAGGAUCUCCGAAAAGGCCGGCAAUUGGUUCCUUUCCGGGGCUGUUAACUCACAACGAACAUUACCACGUAUUUACGACUCGUAAACACUGGCCUCUCUUGUGCUGUCAGGGGAUGAUCGUCACCACUUGAUCUAGCUCCGGUGUAGCAGCCCACAUUAACCCCCGCCAACUAUACCAGGGGUUACAGUGGGCUAGCCCAAAAUAUACCCCGGGGUAUAAAAUAGCCCAGGCUAUAUUAUACCCCGGGGUAUAUUUUGGGCUAGCCCAGACUAUACCUCUCUAGUCCAGAUUAUACCCCCUUAUGUUUUUCAUAAAUAAGUCUGUAUUUCAAUGUCCAGAGUUUUUCCAUCAUAAUUUAUAUAUUUUGGGUUAGGCCAGACUAUAUCUCUCCUGUCCAGAUUAUACCUCCUUGUGUUUUUCAUAAAUAAGGUAACUCGGGGGAAUAAUAUACUGGAUUUAGUAUUAAGUAAUAUAUAAAAUACAUUACAAAUUUAGAAAUUUAAGAAACAUUAGGAAAUAGCGAUCACAAAGUCAUCAGAUUUGACCUUAACUUAACAAAUGAGAAGAAAGAAAAUAAUAGAAUUGUAACAGACUUCAGAAAAGCAUAUUUUAUAGGUUUAAGAGAGAGGCUUAGGAAUGAGGUGUGGGGUGGUAUUACCCCACUAGGGCUGGAACAAGUGAAUUCAGGUCCCGUGGGAGAGGUAGGUUAGGUUAGGCUAGGUGAGAAAUAAAAUCAAAAUUGAAUAUCUGAGUGUUUUUUAAUUUAAAUUAAAAUAGUUUAGCCAGACCACUGAGUUCAAAACAGAACUCUGAUAGGGCUGGUUUCUGAGUGUGUGUGUGUGGGGGGGGGGGGUAUAAUCUGGCCUAGGUUUUUUUAUAGCCUAGCCUGUUUUAUACCCCGGGGUAUAAACUGGACUAGCCCAGAAUAUACCCUGGGUAUAAAACAGGCUAGCCCACUUUAACCCCGGGUAUAGUCUCGGGAGGGGGUAUAUUUUGGGCUGUUACACCGGUACGUAUCUAACACACCCCCUUGUGGCACUGCCCGCAGGGUUCACCUUGCACUAAUUAAUCAAGUGAGUCACUAGACGCUACAAGAGAAUAAGCUAUUGCUUGUCCGCUGUCGCCGUCCUGACAGUUGUGUACUGUGGUGUGUGUCGAGUUAUGACACACAUACAGUACUAUUCACCAUGUACCCGUGCAUUUGUUGCCAUGACAACUUUGUUGCAGCAUUGAGACGUUCUUAAGUUUAGUAGAGACUCAGUCAUUAUUUACAUUGAUUUAGAUCCUGUGCAGAUAUAAUAUUCUGUUAAUUGGAAGGCGUAAUUACACCGAAACCCCCCAAAUCGCCAGUUUUUAGACUUGACCUUCACCUAUGACCUUGACCUCUAAGGGUCACGAAAAGUAUCCAACUAUAAAGGUUAUCAUCAGCUCAGUGGUUUACAUUAAAGAAUCAUAUUGAUAGCCCCUAUGGUUAAUGGAUUAUGAUACUCUAUCUAUUUUCAUAGAUUAUGACUAACAUCACUAUAUUGGUUGCUUUCGAAACAUCAAAAUAGCCUGAAACUAGAUUUUCCAGAUGACCCUCAUCAGUUUUGUGAACCAUGGACAUUGGGCUUUCAGAAAAAAAAUAUAUUCCCCCUUUGUCCCCUGAGAUGAUACAAAUUAGCCCAAAUAUGCGCGUUGGGCCAAAGACUACCUAGUGGAAAUGACCUGGCUGUGCCUGUAGGUAGGGUUACGAUUAACGAUAUUCACCUUAAUGACGUUAAUCUAGACUGACUUGGCUCUCUCUCUCUCUCUUUCUCUCUCUCUCACAUCAUAUAUUACACGCUAUAUCACUCUCAUGCUUCCCCUCUCUCCCUCAGUGAGCUCUGGGACCCUCUCUUAGAAGUACACGGAAACACCACACCAUAAUGUUGAUCCCGAGGGAGCUAUUAUGUUCUCUGUCCCCCCCCUCCCCCUCCCACUCCCGACCACAGCUGGAGGGUGAGAGACGGAGUGUGUGAGGCAGUGAGAGGGAUGAGUGUGAGGUAGAGUGAAGAGGGAGAGUAUGAUGCAGGGUAAGAGGGGACAAUGUGAAAAGGUUGUUCACUGAUGACAAAUAAAGAUAUGCAAUCAACCAAUCAAAUAGCCAUCUUUACCUCUGAGGGUUGGCUACCACGGCCCACCACUACGUAAUAAUAUAUUUUCUUUUACCAAUUCUUUCAGCUAUUGCAUAUUUUCCUAGCUCCCAUACCUUAAAUUUUACCCAAUAAUAUGCGGAACACAAUUCUCUCAUCCCUAAUCACAUGUUGAAAGUAGUUAAUCCUUAGUCUGUAAAUUUUCAAUAUUUUUCCAUCGGUACAACUUACCCUCCAGAUUCUAAAACCUUUCCAAUCUCCUCUGACUGACACCACAAAAGAUUUACUGACCAUUCUUAGCCUUGACGCAUUAUUUUCCUCGAGGUAACACAGUGUCAUUUAUUGUUGUAUGGUAUUUUGGCUUCAGUUGUCAAGGGUGUUUGGGUGACUUCUACUGCACAUAUCUUCAAUUUGUUUUGGGAUUAUUUUCUUUCUUUCUUUCGUUCUUUCUUUAGUUUUUUCCGACUUGACCAAUAGGAGUUAUGAUGAUCCACAAAUGUUAUUUUUUUUAUGUUUUGUUGUUGUCUUUUCAAUGUCAUUUUCUUAUCAUCGUUGCUGCUCUGGACGGAGGAGUUUGUUGACGCAGGUUUGGAGGAGGAGAGUAGUUUGUUAGAAGAGAGCAGGAGGAAGGAGUGGUGUUAUGGCUCUAGGUUUGGAGGAG